AGGUGGCUGUGCUUCAGUGACCCCCCAGCCCCAUGGGACCACAGGGCUGCACCGCCUCUGGGCCAGCACCCAGCACCACCCUGGGCUCCGGGGUGCCCCAAAGCCAUGGGGGCAGCGAUGCCCCGGCACGACGGCACAGACCCCCCCGGCUGCAGGACACUGCCUGGCUCGACCAGGAGCAGGGAGGCCCGUGGGUCUGGCCCGGCUCGCCGGCCAUCACCGCUGCCCUCCUGACCUUGCCACCGGCCAGGGCCACGCGGGGCUGGGUGCCCGGUGCCCGGUGUUUGGCACUGCCCGCGCAGGCACGUGCGCACGCCGCUGCCGGCCUGGCUCUGAGUCACGCACAGCGGCCGCACGCAGCAUCUGUGCUGGCUCCGCAGGCAGCGGCGGCUCCUGGCCUGGCAGCAGGGACCUGCUCUGCCCGCUCCCCCCCCAGCCCCGGCAAAGCCCCCCCUGCCAUCCCCACCCCAAGUCCCUGGGAGGAGGACGUUGAAGCCGGGUGCUGGCUGCCCACCGGUGGACGGUGCCGUGGGAUUCCCUCCCGGACACAAGGAAAGGAGAAGGACUGCUGUUGGGGACAGCACUGGGACGGGGAAGGAUGUGCUAAAGCCUCUGCCCCCCCCAGAGGCCCGAUGCCCACCCGUGAGCCGAAUUGCAGCUGCGGCCGCGGGCCCAGCGUGGUGCAGGGGAAGUGGUACGGGGUCCGCUCCUACCUCCACCUCUUCUACGAGGACUGCACUGGGGCCAGCCCCGACGGGGAUGGGGAGGGAUCCUCACCCCACGGAGCCUGGGCCCCCCUCAUCUGGAAGGUGAGCCUCUCCACGGGGACCCUGUUCCUGCUCGUGGGAGCCGCCGCGCUGGCUGCCGUCUCCCUGGUGCCCCCGAAGCUGGAAGGGAUCGGGGAGGAGGAAUUCAUGGUGCUGGACGUGCAGGCGGUGCGGUACAACCACGCGCUGGGGACGUGCCGGCUGGUGGGCAUGGCGCUGUGCGUGGCGGCCGGGGCGCUGGGUGCCAUCGGGCUCCUCUCCUGUGCGCUGGCCCCACGUCGCCCCCGGGAAGAGGAGCAGCAGCUCUCGCCCAUCCUGUGCGGCAGCCCCCCGCCACGGCCCCCCACCGCCUUCGCCCCGGUGGGAACGGCGAUGUCCUUCGGCGUCUCCCGCGUUCAUGGUGUCCAGCCCCGGUGGGACACCUAAGGCCGGGGAGGCGACGGGUGAUGCCCGGCACAGGGCCAAGCCGUGCUGCACCCCGGGAGCUGGCUGGAUCACCUGGAGCUGGUUUGCAGCAGGCGCUGCGGAGCAUCCGGCUCAGUCCCGGCAUAGCUGCCACGUCCCAUCGUCCCCCCCACCCUGCGGCCCCCGCACCCCGGCUUCCACAGCUGCCACUGCUCACUAAAGAUGCCAAGAAAUCCCUUCGCUGGCGGCUCGGUGGCCGUUGCUGUGUCUGCGUCAGAAACCCCGCGAGCGCCGGGUUUUUGUGUGGCAGCCACCGCCACUGGCAGCACCUCAUUCGGUUUGGCAUGGAAUCGUAUCAGAACCCGGGAACGAAACUAUUUGGCCCAGUUUCCCUGUUGGAGGCUGCUGAGGCUGUUGCUGGUGGCUGAGCACAGCCAUGGGCACCCGGGGGGCACGUGGGGCCACGUGCCCUCUGCUGCCAGCCCGGCACAGCCCUGUGCACCUCCUGCCUUGGCCACCACCAUCUCAGCUCCCCUGGGACACCCCUGCACCCCAGGGUGCUGCUGCAUCUGGGCAGGAGGGUCCUCGCUGCACCAGCGGGCAGUGCUAAGGAACCAGCGUCACUGUGGGGGCAGAGACCACCUGAAGCCCCCAGGGGCAUCGCUGCCGCUCGCCCCGGGGCUGCCCGUGCUCCCCAGUGCGGAGAGGUUCCUGUCGCAUGUCUCCCUGAGGCCGGGACCCACCAGGGCUAUUUAUCACCCCGCAGCAACCCG